AUGGGCAACUCAAAGAGUGGAGCGCUUUCCAAGGAAAUUCUGGAGGACCUCAAGUCGAACACCAAGUACUCAGAGACCGAGCUGUGCACCUGGUACCAGUGCUUCCUCAAGGAAUGCCCCGGCGGCAAGAUCAGCAGGAAGCAGUUUGAAGGCAUCUACGCAAGCUUUUUUCCCAACGCCGACCCCAGCGCUUACGCCAGGCACGUGUUCAGGAGUUUUGACACGAACGCAGACGGCACCUUAGACUUUAAAGAGUAUAUCGUAGCGCUUCACCUCACCUCUGGGGGUAAAACGUUGCAGAAACUGGAGUGGGCCUUCGCCUUGUACGACGUGGAUGGGAACGGAACCAUCAGCAAGAAUGAAAUCCAGGAGAUCGUUAAGUCAAUAUUCAAUAUGAUUCCUGAGGAAGACCAGAAGGGCCUUCCAGAGGAUGAAGACACGCCGGAGAAGAGGUCUGAGAAAAUCUGGGACUUCUUCGGAAAAAAAGACAACGAUAAAAUCGCAGAAGGAGAAUUCAUCCAGGGAGUGAUGGACAACAAGGACAUACUGCGCUUGAUUCAGUACGACGAGCCCCAGAAGAUUAAAGACAAACUAAAGGAGAAGAGGCAGUAGCCCCUGGUUUAUCAAUUCACUCUUCAUUGUCUUCAUGCUAACGUCAUCUAUCUGCACGUCCAGCCCUGAUUCUCUUUCCUUUUUAAUCGAACAGACUUUGCCCACAGUGGCAGAAUAUGUCUUAUUCAUCUUCAAAG